CGCAAAUAAAAAUUCGUAAAAUCUGGUUUUUUAAGCAACGUUUACCGGACGAGCGUAUUUACAGUUAAGCGUACACCGUACGACUAUAUAUUGUCAAAACUCUAUGCCUUGCGACACAUAUGACCAAAGGCAUAAAGGUAGAACCAUUUUAAAAGUACAGGAAUCAUUUUGCUUUUAUAAAUUUAUAAGAACUUGGCACGGAUCAUAGGAAGGGGCCACGGGAAUCAAGCGACGCAUUUGUUUAGAAUGCAAUGCCUUGGAUACACUGAGGGAGCUGUAUUCGACAGAUGGACCGAAGAAAAAGACAACACGGAAUUGGAAAAAGAAUGCCUUUUCAAAGUCGACGAGUAUGGCUUCUUCAUUUAUUGGAAAAGUGAAGGAAAAGAUGGCGACGUGAUAGAACUGUGUCAAGUCAGCGACAUCAGAUCUGGAGGAGUGCCAAAGGACACGAAAUUGAACGACAAACUAACGACCAAACAUGGAAACCAAUUAGAGGACAAAUCGUUAACCAUAUGCAGUGGUACGGAUUAUAUCAACAUCAACUAUCAACACGUAGUCUGUCCUGAUGCAAAUACUGCCAAGGUGUGGAAAGAAGGGUUGCGGCACAUAACUCACAAUAACAAAAUUAACAAUGUCUGUCCGAGGACGAGUCUUAUGAAGCACUGGAUGCGUCUAAGUUUCCUCACGGAUCCCAAAGGCAAGGUGCCAGUUAAGGUGGUCGCGCGAACAUUCGCUUCAGGGAAAACGGAAAAGCUGGUUUACCAAUGUCUCUCGGAACUCGGACUUCCUUCCGGGAAAAAUGAGGCUAUGGAACGAGAAGCAUUCACAUUUGAUAAGUUCUACGCCCUGUAUCAUAAGAUCUGCCCCAGAAAUGAUAUUGAAGAAUUGUUUCGGACCAUAACUCAAGGCAAAUCGGAUCGUAUCAAUUUGGAUCAAUUCGUCAACUUCCUGAAUGAGAAGCAGCGUGACCCGAGACUCAAUGAAAUUCUUUACCCACUGUACGAAGACAAGCGAGCAGUGGAGAUUAUCGAAACUUACGAACAGAAUGAUGAAGCAAAAAUUGCUAAGUGCCUUACAAAAGACGGUCUCAUCCGAUAUCUUAUGUCGGACGAGAACGCUCCAGUGUUUCUCGACCGUCUGGACUUCUACAUGGAAAUGGACCAGCCUCUAUCCCACUAUUACAUAAAUUCAUCCCAUAAUACGUAUUUAUCUGGUCGUCAGUUUGGUGGAAAGAGUUCUGUUGAAAUGUAUAGACAGGUUUUGCUGGCUGGAUGUCGCUGCGUCGAACUCGACUGCUGGGACGGCAAAGGUGAAGACGAGGAGCCAAUAAUAACUCACGGAAUGGCCAUGUGCACUGACAUUUUAUUCAAAGACGUGAUAUACGCUUUGAGAGACACAGCUUUUGUGACGUCAGAUUAUCCGGUGAUACUAUCCUUUGAGAACCACUGCUGUAAGGCCCAGCAGUACAAGUUAGCCAAGUACUGCGAUGAAAUUCUUGGAGAUCUGCUUAUGAAGGAGCCGCUGCCUGAUUAUCCGUUGGAGCCAGGAAUGGCUCUUCCUCCACCGUGCCUUUUGAAAAAGAAAAUAAUGAUAAAGAACAAGCGGUUAAAGCAAGAAGUUGAGAAACAGGAGUUGGAGCUGUUCAGGCAGGGACAGUUCGUGAUUGAAGACGAGGUUAAAGAGGAUGCAUCGGCUGUUGUACUUCCAGAAGACAAGAAGCCAGAGGAAAUAGUGGUGGAGGCGGCCGCGGCAGGCGAUGACGCCCCUCCGCCAGUGCAAUACACGGGCUCCACCACCAAUGUGCAUCCCUGGCUGUCUUCUAUGGUCAACUACGCGCAGCCCAUCAAGUUCAUCUCCUUCGAGGAGGCCGAGAAGCGAAACAUCCACCACAACAUGUCUUCCUUCGCCGAAACAACGGGAAUGAACUACCUCAAGAGUCAGGCUAUUGACUUCGUCAACUACAACAAACGUCAGAUGUCAAGAAUUUAUCCCAAGGGGACCAGGGCUGAUUCGUCUAACUAUAUGCCUCAGGUAUUCUGGAACGCGGGCUGCCAAAUGGUGUCCCUGAACUUCCAGACCUCUGACCUUCCGAUGCAGCUGAAUCAGGGCAAGUUUGAAUACAACGGGAAUUGCGGGUAUCUUCUAAAGCCAGACUUCAUGCGUCGGGCGGAUAAGAGCUUCGAUCCCUUCGCCGAUGCACCCGUUGAUGGAGUCAUUGCUGCUCAGUGUGCUGUACAGGUGAUAGCGGGUCAAUUUUUGUCAGACAAAAAAGUAGGUACUUACGUGGAAGUGGACAUGUACGGUCUACCCACCGACACCAUUCGUAAAGAAUUCCGUACACGGAUGGUCCCCGCUAACGGAUUGAACCCUGUCUAUAACGAGGAACCGUUUUUGUUCAGAAAGGUCGUACUCCCGGACUUGGCCGUUCUGCGUUUCGGAGUGUACGAUGAGAACGGCAAACUUUUGGGCCAACGUAUUCUGCCCUUGGACGGUCUCCAGGCGGGAUAUCGCCACAUCUCCCUCAGAACUGAAGCCAACUUCCCAAUGUCGUUGCCUAUGCUGUUUUGUAACAUUGAGCUGAAGAUUUACGUACCUGAUGGCUUUGAAGAUUUCAUGGCGGCUCUGUCCGAUCCGCGUGCUUUCAUGGGAGCGGCGAAGGAGAGAACAGACAAUAUGAAGGCCAUGGGUAUAGAGGAGAGUGGGCCAGAGAAGAAACCGGAGCCUGAACAGAAGAAAGAAGAACCGCUGGUAUUUGAGCCAAUAACAGUAGAGUCCCUCCAACAAGACAAGGGCUUCGUUAAGACCAGCAAGAAGCAGCAGAAAGACCUGGAUGCGAUGAGAAAGAGACACGCCAAGGAGAAGAUGCUUUUACAAAAGCAGCAGUGUGGUGCUCUUGAGAAGAUGAUUAAGGGAAAGAAUAAAGAGCAGCUGGCGAACGACACGAACUUUCGCACGCUCGUGUCGGACCAGUCCAACGCGUGGAGCGAGCUCGUCUCCCGCCACCGCAGAGAGGAAUGCGCAGCCGCCAGGACAAGGCUUGACGACCAGCGGGAUCUGCUCAAGAAGAUGAUGGAGCAGACGCAGCUUGCGCAGAUGAAGCAGCUCGAGGCCAAGCACGAGAGGGAAUUAAAAGAAAUGAACACUCGUCAAGCGAAGAUCAGCGUCGAGACGAGUAAAGAGGUGGCCAACGAUAAGACCUUGAAGACUAAACAGGAGAAGGAUAGAAGACUGAGGGAGAAAAAGCAGAACAACAUCAAGAAGUUUAUGGACGAGAAGAAGACUCAAACCAUAAAGCAAAAUCGCGAGAAAGAGAAGCUGAAGGUGACACACGACAAGCAGGUGGAAGAACUGGGGAAGGACAUAGAUAACCUCAUCGAAAUGUACAAAAUGGAGGAAUCCGAGUUUGACAUGGCAAGCAAAGCCGAGUUCUUAGCAUGAAAGUUACCGGACAUCGCGUCUCUCAUACAACAAAUGACUUGACAAGUGACAAGUGACAAGUGAUCUCUAGUUUUAAAAGUUAUCAGUGCACUUACACCUAAAUUUUAAAUAUAAGUUAAAUGUUUUAAUGAAUAUAACUAUUUGUUUCAAAGUUUAAAUUUUCCUUAGGUAAAUUAAUUUUCCGGUUUGUUCCUGUUUCGAGGAGUUUUUGUUAUGUUUAUACUUCAUGCACUAAUUUUUAAAUAAUCAAGAAUUAUUAUAAAAUGUUCCUUCUAAACUGUGAAUACUAAUGUAAGUUAAUAAUUAGUUUUAAAAUUAUUAUAAGGGUCAAAAAACUAUUUAAAUACUUAUUAAUUCCAAGAUUAAUAAAAAAUUAGGAAUUGAAAAAAAUGUUUAACGUUUAUCAUCCCUUAAUUGAU